UCUGCUUGGGCUGCGAAUAUCUUCUCCUCUGUCUCUUUCUUUUCCUUCUCUUUACGCUCAGUUUUCUUAGCAGUUUCUUGAUCCUUUCGUAUCACAAGUCCAACAAGAAAAACAAAGAAAGAGUUAUCCUCCUUGUAUUGUUUGCAACUACGCAAAGACAAAGCAAGAGAAAGUUUGGCAGCCCAGUAAGGGAAGAGCACCACGCCAUGAACGGAAAAGCCAGCGUUUCCAAGGAGCUUAAUGCAAAGCACAUAAAGAUUCUUGAGGGGCUACUCAAACUGCCGGAGAACCAAUACUGUGCUGACUGCAAGAGCAAAGGCCCUAGAUGGGCUAGCGUGAAUCUGGGAAUCUUCAUAUGCAUGCAAUGUUCUGGAAUCCAUAGAGGUCUUGGAGUACACAUAUCAAAGGUGAGAUCUGCUACUCUUGACACAUGGCUUCCAGAUCAAGUUGCAUUGAUUCAAUCAAUGGGGAAUGAGAAGUCAAAUAGCUAUUGGGAAGCUGAGCUGCCUCAAAAAUUUGAUAGAGUUGGAAUUGAAAAUUUUAUCCGUGCAAAGUAUGUCGAGAAAAGAUGGAUCCCAAGGAAUGGAAACUUUAAAGCAUCUCCAGCUGUGAGAGAAGAUAGAAUUUUGGACAAGAAGAUGGGAUCUGGAAGUAGAAGUACUGGAUACCUUAAGUGCACAGAUAAUUUGUCGGAAGAGAGGAAAAACUCUAAACUUCUGAAUAAUGUUACAAGUUCCCCCUCCAUUCAAAACGGCUGUAACCCUGCGCCUCCUAAAGUAUCCGAACAGAUUGCUUCUGCUGUGAAACCGCAAGAAGUUCACCAGAAAUUGGAGCCAUCAGACACUCAGGCUAGGAAAGGACAACCAGGAGGCAGGGCCACCCCAAUGGAAUCAGAAGCUAAGGUUGAAUAUGCUACUGAUUUUCUUAAUAAGCUUUCUAUGGAGGAAGCCAAAGAAAAUGACCCCAAAUUGUCUGCUGCUAAUAAUCUUUCAUUGGGACAUUCGCAGACUGCUGAAGCUACACGAUGCUUAGAGCAAAAGGUUCCAUCUAAGGUUGCAGAAAACAAGAGCAAGCUGGACUCUGGUAUUGAAGAAUUACUUAGAGAUUUUCAGUGGAAUACCCCAACUGUUGUAGGGAAACCUUUAGAUGAUAUGAAGAAUGACACCAUGAGCCUCAUUGACAAGUCUAGCGUGGUGUCACCUUUGCCCGUCCAACAACAACAUAUGAUGCUGGCUGAACAGCAGUCUAGUUUCAUGGCUGCUGCACCAAGGCCUUGGGGUCAGUCUCAUUCAAUUCCCAACAAUAUACAUCAAGCCACCUCCAAUGCUCAAAACUGGGGAAGAAUUAGCUAUCAGGCACCUGGAAGAAUGAUGGGAAGUGUUCAACCUUUAAACUGCUAUGCUGCUGCUUCUGCAAGUCCAAAUUUAAGCAUGUACAAUGCAACACCAAUGGCUCCAGUAGGUGGAAGAAUAUCAGCUGCGGGGAUGGGCAGGCCUUACUCAACUUUGAGUGCACCAUCAAAUUAUGACUUCUCUUCUUUAGUGCAGGGAAUGUUUACAAAACGGUGAUCCACCACCCCAAUUCAUUUGUUACUUUAGAGCACAAAAUUAGCAUAUCCAUAGUUAAAUACUACUUUUGGUUUGAAGCAAUUAUUAUAGUGACUGAUGUUCAGAAUUGGCUCCAUUCUUUUAUUUAUCAGCAGAUUGUAUAUUGCAAAUAUUUGUAAUUUACCUGCUAUAUCCCUUCUUA